AGCGGUCCGUGGGCUCUUAUUUCGCCACGUUUUUCAAAUAGAAAACACAUCAGAUAUUGAUUCAAAGAAAGUAGAUAGCAAGGUACGGACGACUCCAACGAAUUUUCAGAUUCUUCAGUACGACACGCCGAAUUUCAACAAGAAAUCCAGCUCUGCUUUAUUGACGACGAGACCCUCUUGAUGUUGAAGCAGUUUUUACACUAAACUCGAAUUACAACUCGCAUAAACCAGAAACGACAAAAAACCACAAGACAAGAUGGCUUCCUCCGCUGCGAACGCCGCGCCACCCACGGUGGUCACCGGUGGUGGCCAAACCGGGAAGCGCACCAUCGAAAUCGCCGGUGACACCCUCGAAAUCACGCCGCUUGGCUCCGGCCAGGAGGUCGGCCGGUCCUGUGUCGUCAUGAGCUUUAAAGGGAAAUCUGUCAUGUUCGACUGCGGAGUUCACCCGGGUUUAUCCGGUAUGGCGCAACUUCCCUACUUUGACAAGCUGCAGGAGGAGAAAAAGCGGAUUGAUUUGUGCCUCAUCACCCACUUUCACAUGGACCACUCCGGCGCCGUGCCAUACUUUGUCAACCGGACCGAUUUCCGGGGCAGAGUCUUGAUGACCCAUCCGACAAAAUCGAUUUGCAAGAUGCUGUGGCAGGACCACAGUAAGAUCAACAAAAUCAACAACGACGACUUAAUCUACACCUUCAAGGACAUCGAGCGGACCUGCCAGAAGAUCGAACUAAUCGACCUGCGGCAGGUGAUUGACAUUGAUGGGAUGCGGAUCACGUGUUUUUCCGCCGGCCACGUGCUGGGUGCGGCGAUGUUUUUGGUGGAGAUCGCGGGAAUCCGGGUGUUGUACACGGGGGAUUAUUCCCGGGAGGAGGACCGCCAUUUGAUGCCGGCCGAAAUCCCGCCGAUGCGGAUUCACGUUCUGAUUGUGGAGUCGACCUAUGGCACGCAAUCCCACGAAGACCGGAAAAUCCGGGAGACGCGGUUUUUGGCGAAGGUGGUUUCCGUGGUGAAAAACGGUGGGAAAGUUCUCCUACCGUCCUUUGCCCUGGGCCGGGCGCAGGAGUUGUUACUCAUGUUGGAAGAGCACUGGCAAAAGUCGCCGGAACUACAGCACGUGCCGAUUUACUACAAUAGUCCUAUGGCGUUGAAGUGCAGCCGGAUUUUCGAGACGUUUACGCAUUUAGCGCGCGGGAUGGAGUCGGGUGGUCAAAAUCCUUGGCAGCUGCGGUUUGUCAAAUCGAUCGGGACGGAAAACCGGGAAAAAACGAUUGAAGUCGUGAACACCAGAUCCGCGUGUGUGGUGUUAGCCGCGCCGGGGAUGUUGCAGAACGGUUUUUCUCGUGAGUUGUUCGAACUGUGGGCCGGCGGACGGGAAAACGCCGUGAUCAUGACGGGGUAUUCGGUUGACGGAACCAUUGCGAAGGACCUGGAGAAACAGCCAGACCAGUUGAACCUACCGGAUGGUCGGAUCGUCCACGUGCGUUGCACGAUUGACAACAUCUCCUUUUCCGCUCACUCGGAUUACACGCAAACGUCCGCGUUUAUCCGGGAAAUCCGCACGAACCACGUGAUUCUCGUCCACGGGGAAGAGACCAACAUGACCAGGAUGCGGAACAAAUUAAGAACGGACCACGGUGACUCCUUGAAAGUCUACACCCCCGCGAACACGCAGUCUGUCGCGAUAACCUUCCGACCGGAUUUGGGGGUGACAAUCGCGGGAAAAUUAGCGAUUAACGCUUAUAACGCGGCGGUGAAUAACCCGAGUUCUUCAGUCAACGCACUGCAGACCGGAGGUGGGGAUCAGCUUGCUACCACCAAUGAACUCGCUUUAUCACCGGAGUCCGGCACUGUUUCCCCCAUCGCGAAGAGGCAUAAAGGGAACACUACAACAGACAACACUACUUUGAACAAAACCGAUUCCAACAGCAAGACCAUUUCUGGUAUUCUGGUCGAAGACGCGUUUGGUGACCGGUCUUUGAUUUCCCCGCACGAAUUAGCAACUUUCACGAAAUUAGAGGUUUGUUCCUUCGAGCAAACGCAGAAAUUCCAGUUCCGAAACAAUCUCGCGGUUCUCGCCAAGGCGAUCGAGGGGAUUUAUCAGGACGUCGCUUUGGUCGAGGAUGACGAAAUGCUGGUGCAGAACUGCGUGAGAUUGAAGCUGAAAAACCAGAUUUUGGAGCUCUCCUGGAAAGCGAGUCCCGUCGCGGAUAUGGUGGCCGACAGCAUCGUUCUGGUCGCGUAUCAAAUGCAAAAAUGUCUGGGUCUGGAAGGUUGUAACUUGUGAUGCUGUCUUCGGAUUCGAAAAAAAUCUGUAAUGCAUGACCAGCAAGAGGAGUCCAGUUUUUGCCACGGCGAGAGGGCAUUUCUCAUGCGGAACAGGCAUCAGGAAGCCCUCUCAAAAUCUGUGAUGCUAGACCAUGCAUUACAGACCUCACGGGUCAUGGAAAACCUGCAUGACAAGUCUUCCACUCUUCCAGACCCAGACACUUUUGCAUUUGAUAGCGCGCUGGAAAUCACGAGAUCGCCGAUCGCCGUGCAAGCGUUGACCGCGCAGAUCAUGGAUUCAUCCGCGAGUUCGAACAUGAUCUACCCGAGUGGAAAUACCGGCUCGGUCGAAAACAAGUUGUGGUCUGUGUGGACGAGUUACUUACGGCAGACGUACGGCGAGGAGAUCAAGAUCGACGAGAAAAACCGGUUAGUGAACUUUCAAACCGAUAAAUCCGUCGUCAGGAUCGAUUUUUCGCGGAGAGAGGUGGACGUGCAGGGGGAAAAAGUGAGGGAAAUGAAAAACGACAUCUUGCAGUCUUUGACGAGAUGCGAGAACGCGCUGCAGCCGGUGCCGAAGUUUUGAGCGGGGAGGAUUGGGGAGUAUGGGGAGGAUCAGAAGAACGCAAAAUAUAUGGCGGAAACCUUUUUUACCACACCAAACGACUGGAGGAUCAAGAGUCUAUUUUGAGAACUUAUGCGACACUGGCUCUGCGACUACGUUGUAGUUCCAUCUGAGCAACUGAUUACGACGCUUUCGGAACAAAGUUGCUCAUUGACUAGUACUGGCUGUAGGACGAUUAUUUCGUACCUCCGACCUCCACUACUUCAGCAACGACAAAAAUAACGAUGAAACUGAUCGGCAAUCCGUUCGACAACCACUCCUUUCGACGACUAUUUUAUACAUG